AAAAGAAGGAGUCACGCACACAGCCAUCACAGAAAGUUACAGUGAAGUCUCAAAGCAAGCCAGGAAUGAUUAAAGGACUUAUACUAGUAGGACUUCUGGUCCUGCUCUGUCAUGAGCUAACUGUUCAGGCUCAUGAGUUGAGUAGGCACAGCUCUGCAAGCAGCAUGGGCAAGCUCAAGAAUUUGCUCCAGCAGCUUGAAGAAGCCUUGGUAGCCGAAGAAGACACCGAAGGUGCUGUGGAUUACGAGGAUAGGAACAUAGCAGUAAGUCAAAGUCAAGUUUCUCCAGGCAGGGAGAACCAGGCUGCUGCUCCAGCUGAGGACAGCAACACUGACGAGGGACUUGAGAUGCAGAGGAAGCGUCUCAUGGAUCUUCUACUGUCUACAAGGAGCAAGAGCUUCUCCGGCUGCUUUGGAGGACGGUUGGACCGCAUCGGCUCCUCCAGCAGCCUCGGUUGCAACUCCAUGAAAGGUUAAAACUUCGAUUAAGCUCGGUCGAGAGACUGGAUCUGUCUGAAGCUCAUGAGGACAGCAUGCACAACAUGUAAAAAACAUGCUGAAAAACUGUUGAACUGGGCAAGCAUAACUAUAGGAGAUUGCUGUGAAAGUGUGAACGUAAUUCAAUGAUUAAUAGUUCUAAGAUUUCAAAAGAAUUUUUCCGCCUUAUUUGAUCGGUUUUAAUUUGAGCACAGCUUGUGUCUGAAGAUCUAUUUAUUAACACGGAGCACUGAGAGCUAAUGGAUGCAUCACUGAUUUUCUUUUUUUUUUUUUAUAGAAAAAGAAUAUCAUUUUGUCUCUGUAUUCACAAUGUACUUACCUGGGGACUCACUGUCGGAGUUUUAGUUUGUUUAUCUAUAACAUUCUUCUGUUUCGACCAUUCUCUUCCUCAUGCACAUUAUAAUCUACUUGUAUGUACGUCUUUCUCUUUCUGGUCAGAUCGAAAUAACUUUGAACUGUCUCAGUGUGAAUAAAUAAAUCAAUACUUUCUAUUG